AUACGUCAAAGUCACGGGACAGUGGCUAAUGUGUCAGCAACAAGUUGAAACCGCGCAUUGAAUACUUGGUCUUGUGGUGAAACCAAACGUGAUUUUUUUGAAGAACACUCUUCAGAGGAAUUCCAAGACAUCAUGGGCGCCUGCAGUGUUACAGCCAAAAGCGUUCUAAUUAUUUUGAGUUUAAUUUUUUGGGCAGCAGCAGCAGGAUUAUUUUACCUUGGGUCUUACAUCUUUGUCACAUACAAACACUAUGAUGACUUGGCAGACCAGAAAUACACGCUGGUUCCUGCAGUGAUCACCCUUGCAGCAGGUGUGUUCAUGUUCUUGGUGGGUCUGCUGGGAUGUAUUGCUGCCUGCAAAGAACACAAAUGUCUACUGGCAACAUUCUUCAGUUUGAUUCUGGUAAUUCUAGUUGCGGAAGUAGUUUCUGGCACACUGGCAUAUGUAUACAGAGCAGAUGUGAGUGAUGCCCUGAAAGAUGGCUUUGAUGCAGUAAUGAAGAACUACACCAAUGACGCCACUUAUAGAGAUGAGAUGGAUUACGUUCAGGAUCAGUUGAUGUGCUGUGGUCGCCACAACUACACAGAUUGGGAGAGAUUUGAGUUUUACCGUCAGAAUCACAGUGUACCAGAAAGCUGCUGCAAGGACAAAAAUAACUGCACCACAAAAAUAUCUGGUUAUGUGGACAAUCCAUACAUUUAUGAAGAGGGUUGCUAUGACAAACUGGAAGACUUGCUGCGAGACUCUUUGGCUGUACUUGCUGUUGUUGCUAUUAUAUUUGCAGUUAUAUUGGUUAUUGGAUUGAUUUGCUCGUGUGUCCUGUUCUGUCGCUCUGGUGAGGUACCUUACCUAACCCUGCAAGGAUCUGGACAAGGUUACAGAGUAUAGUAUCAAAACUCAAGUCCUAGAAGGAGAUACAUUGCGAGCCAAAGCAACGAAGAAAUAUUGUGUUCUACUUACUAUUUUGAUACAGUUGAAAUUAUCAUCCACAUGAUGUACAUUGAUAGAUUUUAUUUAAAAGACCUGCCGAACAAGUCAUAAUAUAUUACCCUGGUCUUGGUGUGUUCAAUUCAGUUAUUAUUAUUGAGUCAUGAAACUAUACUGCAACAAUAAUCUAGCAAUACUAUUGCAGUUUUUUUAUUCCAAUUGUGAAAGUAUUUUGUCAUCAAAUCAUAUGUGCAGCUUUUUUUUUAUCUUACAGUGUAAAUAAGAUACUCAAGAAUUUAGCAUUACAUC